UUGAUGCGACAUUGUUUUCGAAGUGAAAUUGUAACAUGAACAGUGAAUUUUCGCUAUUUUGUUUUGUUAAAGUGAUGCAGAAAACAUUUGAUUAACUUGUUGAUUUUUCUUUGUUUUUGUUACUGUCGAAUUCAACCAGAAAAUUAAAGUGUGAAUAAGACGUUUAUGUUUUUUUGUUGUAUAUAAAUAAAGUUAAUUGUUGUUUUUAUAAAUAUGAAGUGCCAAAACAUAUAACGGGUUAACAUCAGUGUACGUUUGGAGUUCGUGUCGUUUUUUUAUAGAUUUAUUUUGAAUGUAAAAGUACCAUAAUGAACAAGAUUUUCUUUGAAAUAGCGUUCGAGGCUGAACUUAACACUAAAGAGGAUCCGGAGCUAUUGGCCCUAGCGCCGGAACUAUGCAAUGAGAACCCUGACACCAGGAUGCUAGCCAUCACGGAGCUGAGGAAAAUGAUCGUUGAGCGUGACGAAGUCAAACCACAUCGCACAGAUGACGAGUACCUGAUCAGAUUUCUCCGUUCAAGAGACUUCAUCAUACGUCGAGCGUAUAGACUCCUAGUCCGCUACCACGAGUUCCGGGAGCAAUAUCCAGCCCUGCAGAAGGGCGUUGACCUGUGGGGCCUGAUCAGAACCCAAAACGUUUACGAAGGGAUCAUGUUAGACAGGCCUGAUGUUGGCAGGGUCUCUAUAGUUCGAUGGGGACAAUGGGAUCCAAGCGAGGUACCAAUGGAGGAUCUAUUGAGGGCCGGGUUUGUGGGUUCUGAGAUCGGCUGCCGUAACCCGAAAAUACAGAUUCUUGGACUAACUGUAAUACUGGACCUGGAGGGAAUAACGUUGAGGCAAACGGCAGCUGUCACACCGUCGGUCGCUUACCAAAUAGUUUCUUUACUUGGGGCAUCAGUUCCAACGAAGAUACGGUCGUGUCACAUCAUUAACUACUCCUGGAUCCUCAACACUAUGUUCUACAUCUUCAAGCGGUUCAUCCCCCAGGGGUUCUGGAGCCGGAUCUUCUUCCACGGAAGCGAUAUAAAGUCCCUCCAUCAGCACAUAGAUCCGGAGUGCCUUCCGACGAGGUAUGGUGGCACUUGUGGAAACAACGUCUCCUUCGCCGUCUGGCUGCAGAAGAUCAAGAAGUAUCGUGACGAACAGUUUGAUAGGGAGAUGAAAGCGUUGGGUUAUAUUAUAAAGGAAUAAGUAAAUUAUAUAAAUACUGUUUUCAACAACGCUCGUGAAGCUCGUAAAGCUUCGUUUU